AUGGCAUCGCCUCUGAUAACGAGGUCUCCCCAAUGCAUCUCCUGUUUACGGCGCACAGUAGCCGGCCUAGGAGAGCGGCGUUUGUUCCCAGCUGGCCAGCAAAUUAGAGGGAAAAAGUACGCUCCUAAAGGGACGAAUAAGGUCAACGCUCUUCUUCUGAAAGAUGUGAAGGGUUAUGGCAAGAAGGGAACUGUCAUGUCGGUGGCCCCAGGCGUGAUGCGAAAUCAAUGGUACCCAAGGAAACUGGCAGAAUAUGUAACGGAUGCUAGACUGGCCGAGCUUGGGCUGAAGAAGGAAGAUAUAGUAGAACGAGGGAACAUACAGACAGCUGAAGAAGCGGUGUCAAGCACGAUGCAGGCUGAAGCUGAUUCGGACGCCGGAACCACAGCCAACGAUCCCCUGGCCACUCUGGAUCCCAUUCAAGAACCUGUGGAGCCCGUGGAGCCUGCUGCACCAGAACCUUUAACGCCCGAACAAGCCACGUCAAUUUUGACGCGCCUCCUUGUCCCGACUGUCGAGUUUCAUCGCACCCCAAUCCCAACAUCACACCUUGCCCCCAAGAAAUUGUCACCGUCGCUCCCUGCUAAUGCAGCCGUCUCAGGUUCUGGAAGAGGCGCGCAAAUACCACAAAAUGCUAGCAUUUACGGUUCCGUUUCAACAGCCGAUAUUGCUGCGGAUAUCAACACCAUACUCGCCGGAAAUGAGGAGGGAGCCGGUAUAAUCCUGUCGCCUGAGGAUAUAUCGUUCGUGAAAGAGGCAGAGGAAAAGGAUCGUAUCAAGCAUUUGGGGACUUUUGAGAUCGACAUCAGGUUGAGGGGCGCCCCAAGUGCAAUUCGAAGAACCAUCAAGGUUAGCGCCCUAGCAUAA